GGGCCCCUGACCCCCCUUCACGCUGCUGCCAAGGUCCACAGUGGUGUGUGUCAUGGGUUUCACUGCCUCCCAUAGCUGCUUCCAGGCCCUUAAUCUGCCAUGGGCCCGCAAUACCGCCUCCUCCAACGGCUUGCUGCCAGGUCCACAGUGGUGUCAUGGGUCCCUGUACCGCACUCCCAUUGCUGCUGUCUCCAUCGCCACCACUCUGCCAUGUGCCACUUUCAGGUAUCUCCCCUCACACUGCUGGUGGGUUCCAUUUUGUGCAUGUUGGGUGCUGUAUGGCCUCCCAUUGCUGCUGCCUCCACCGCCACACUGUGGCUCCACACUAUGGUUUUGGCCCCGACCCCGUGACUGCCCAAAUGAGUGAAGUGUGCUGGUGAUUCUGAGAUCGACGGCAUCUCAUCUGCAUGUCAUAUCUGACUGGACAGUAUUAUUUCUCUCCCCAGCAGACUCCAAGGGCAUUUAAAUUAAAAGGUACAGUGUUCUGCACUAAUAUAA